CUUGCUGAGACAACCAAGUUUGGUUGUAGCAUACAUAAAGGCGCGCGUGCGCCAGCUCCGCAGUCAUGUCGGCGGAAAUGGCAGCCGAUGCGGUGCUUGAGCGGAAGGCGCAGCAUCGACCUUUCCUUAUUGCUGUCAGCGGCGGGACCGCGAGCGGGAAGUCCUCGGUGUGUCAGAAAAUUGUUGAGUUGCUGGGCCAGAAUAAGGUGGACCAGCAGCAGAGACAAGUGGUGAUCCUGAGCCAGGACAGUUUCUACAAGGUGCUGACUGCAGAACAAAAAGCCAAGGCUAGUAAAGGGCAGUAUAACUUCGAUCAUCCAGAUGCUUUUGACAAUGAACUAAUUCUUCACACCUUGAAGGAUAUCGUCAAUGGCAAGACAGUCUCAAUUCCCGUUUAUGAUUUUAUUAAACACUCACGAAAGUCUGAGAUGGUGAAAGUUUAUCCAGCGGAUGUGGUCCUCUUCGAGGGAAUCCUAGUUUUCUAUUCCCAAGAGAUUAGGGACUUGUUCCAAAUGAAACUUUUUGUGGACACAGAUGCGGAUACCCGGCUAUCCCGAAGAGUGUUGAGAGACAUCAGUGAGAGAGGGAGGGACCUGGAGCAAAUCCUGACACAGUACACCACAUUUGUAAAACCAGCCUUCGAGGAGUUCUGUCUUCCGACCAAGAAAUAUGCAGAUGUCAUCAUCCCCAGAGGAGUGGAAAAUCUGGUUGCCAUAAAUCUGAUUGUGCAGCACAUUCAAGACAUCCUGACUGGUGGUCUGACCAAACGCAAUAGCUGUGUGAAUGGACACACUGUGCCCCGAAUUCGACAUUCAUCAGAGUCUAGCUCACGCCCCCAUUGACUCGAAGAACAGACAGGGGCAGGGUCAGUAUUAUUCAGCUCCUGGGUCAUAGGCUGGACUAAGUGUGUGGAUGACCAAACUUCUUCAUCUCUCCUUCUUACAGAGAACUCAUUUAACCAGGGGUCCGUGGUUCUGUCUCACCAUAUGCAUUUGAUGGAAUUGAUUUUAUAGGAGCCUGUGUCCUUUUGUACAAUAAUAUUUUCAGUGUGUACCCAGAGUCAGCACUGAAUGUCUCUGACAGCAGUGAGUGGACAUUGGUCCCAUGAAUGUGCUGUGUUGCACUUUCUAGUAUUUCGCCUUGUGUGAUUUGGGGUUGGUAAGUGGGACUGUCAUGCAAAGCAACCCCUCUCCUCCCUCACUUACAUUGCUUGGGAUUUUGAUAUUCCCUUCCCUUAUUGAUAACCUUAACCCACUUCCCUCUGAGUAACUCCACAAGGUCUCUGCCUGAAGGUCUCUUCAUUAAUUCCCGAUUUAUUCCCCCCCCAAAAAAAAAGCUUGGUGGUUGAGACUUUGCAUUGCAAUCACAACUUUUGUUAAUUUUUAAACCUGAAUUGAUAUCAGAGUUCACUGAAAAAUUUGUCUCAUCUGCUCUAAUCUGUACUGCAAUGAUAUUACUGUCAGUGUCAGCUUGAAUUUUCUGCAUGACCUGGUUUCAUCCCUUUGUCAGCUGAUUGCACUACCUGGGCUGUCCUGCCUUGUCUUAUGUGGUGUCUGCUGCUACUACAACUAUAGUCUCACUGUCAAGUGAAGUUUAUUCCCUUUAAUUCACCUCUAUUUAUAUCUAAUUACAACGAGAAAUAACACCAAUAUUGACAGUCAAGAAAUAUGAUUAUAACAUUAGUGCUUACACUGUAGAAAUGAAUUAUUGGGAGGUCCUAAAGUUGUGAUUGGCACCACUUUAUAAAUAUAAGUCUUUUUUCAAUGAUGCUACUGAUCAGUGAGGAAGAGGAGGAACCCGGUCUGCAGUUCAGUGAGACCAUAGUUGAUCUCUACGUUGGUUCCAUAUCCUUUAGACUCCUGAUAGCAAAAUGCUCUUGAUCUCCAAUUUAAAAUUUGACAAUUGCACUUGCAUCUAUUACUUUUAUGUGAAAGAGCUUCACACAUAUUUUUUGUUUAUAUGACGAAGUGUUUCAUAAGAUUUUGUUGUCUUCCUCUGACCUGGCUCUGAUUUAUUUUUAUUUUUUGAUUUUGUUAGCAGAAAAUCUUUACUUUUAUCUAGCCUGACAAUUUAAAUAUCAUCAAAUUUUCAUAUCGUCAUACAGCAAAGAAACAGACCUUUCAGUCUAAGUAAUCCAUACCGAUCGUAAUCGAAGACUAAACUAGUCCCACCUGCCUGUGCUUGGCCCAUAUCCCUCUAAACAUUUGUUAUUCAUGUACUUACCCAAAUGUCUUUCAAACGUUGUAACUGUACCCACAUCCACCACUUCCUCAGGAAAUUCACUUCACACACAUAUCACACUCUGUGCAAAGUGUCUCCAAGUCUUGAAAUCCCCCAUCAUGGGGAAAAGGCACCUUUUUUUUUCCCCUGUUACCGUCUAUAUUCCAUGGAAUACAAGCCUUUCUUAAUGUAAUUUCUCAUGAUCUAACCCUUGGAAGUCUAACAUCAUUUUGCUCAGUCUGUGCUGUUAUGGGGCGUUGUAUCUUUUUUUGUUUUGUGGUGACAAACAUGUCUUCUCUGAUCAAUUCCAGCACCACCAUUCCCUCACUCCCAUUCAGUGUCUCCCAGUGUUCCAAGUACAUUUUUAUUUCAGUCACCUCAUUAACCUCCGUCACCCAAUUGAAGGUGAUUAGGAGUGUAGGAGAGAUCAUGGUUGAGCCCAGCACUUCUCACCAAGGGCUCAUUGAGCAGUGGGCAGGAGCAAUUGCUGAUUUACAAUUUCUUGACCAAGACUGCUCAAAUGUUUAUGAUUCCAGGUGCUUGAUGUAGUCAUUGAAUAAAAAGUAGUGAUUUUUGAUCAUAGCUUGCAUUUGGCUGAUCCCAUUUUGCAAGUGGGAGAGUCUCCCAAAUGCUUGCAUCUCUGUGGUUUCCUGUCUUUGAUCUUCAAUGUCUAUAUGGAAUGUGCAAGUAUCUGUUUGCUACCCUUUGACAGGUUAACUGUCACUCCUUGAAAAUGAUGCUCGCCUUCACUGUAUAUCAGUGAAAUCCAAGUGGGAAGAAACACGAUCAGUGUGAGCCCUGGGUCCUCUACUGUCAAAUUUUAUUGGACGUUAGCUGCAAUUAAAGUUGUUAAAAUGCUGAAAUUCAGAAAAUCAGGGUGCAAAGUAAAAUAUGGAAAGACCACCACUAAUCAAACUUCUGACCAAAUAUCUCUCCAGGUCAUUGCUGGGGGAGUUUCAUAUUUGUUGAUGUAAGAUUACAUUAAUCUUUCAACGCACAAACAAAAAAUUUGCAAUACCAGCAGAUGGUUAUACUGGACAAGCUAAAUUCCAGUGUGAAACAUGGCUUGAUAGAUCGAGUUUUUUUUUGCUGUUUGGUUUCUAUGGAGGUUAGUCACUUAACAUAUUCAAAACAGACUGCCAAUGUACUGUUAACAAAAGAAUAUCAAAAUCUAUUCAACAUAAAGGAAAAAAAAAUAUUGCAUUUAAUAGCAACUAUUUGAAAUGGUCAAAAUAAAGAUUCAACCUGUUAUCCCUCAACAGCAACCUUACAGAUGUAUACUCCUCAGUAAAGGGUCCCCUGUUUUCAAUUUAAAGUUCCUUUUCAGGGGCAUGACUUUGCAGAUUUUGCAAGAAAUAAAAGUAAUCACUCAAUGCA